GGGGAGGGAGCGGGAGGCAGCGGGACGGAGGGGAGGGCCUCCUCCGCGCCAGGCGCAGCGCCCGGUCGGGCUCGGUCGGGCGACCGCGGCCAUGACGCAGGGUCCGGGCGGGCGCACGCCCCCCGCACCUCCUGCGCCCCCGGAGCCCGAGGCGCCCACCACCUUCUGCGCGCUGCUGCCGCGCAUGCCGCAGUGGAAGUUCGCCGCCCCUGUGGGCUUCCUGGGCCGGGGCCCGGCGGCACCGCGCACGACCGGGGGCGCGGGGGCCGCCGACUCCCAGCCCGAGCCGGUCGGCCCGGCGGGCGUCCCAGCGCUGGCGGCGGCGGUCCUGGGCGCCUGCGAGCCGCGCUGCGCCGCGCCUUGCCCGCUGCCCGCGCUCAGCCGCUGCCGGGCCGCCGGGGCCCGGGGACCGCGCGGUGCGCGGGGGGUGGCCGGGCCCCCGGACGCCGCCGCCGACGAGUGGAUCCGCAAAGGCAGCUUCAUCCACAAGCCGGCGCACGGCUGGUUACACCCAGACGCCAGGGUCCUGGGGCCCGGGGUCUCCUACAUCGUGCGGUACAUGGGCUGCAUUGAAGUCCUCCGCUCCAUGCGCUCUCUGGAUUUUAACACCCGCACCCAGGUGACCAGGGAAGCCAUCAACCGGCUUCAUGAGGCGGUGCCUGGUGUCCGGGGCUCCUGGAAGAAGAAGGCCCCCAACAAAGCGCUGGCCUCCAUCCUGGGCAAGAGCAACCUGCGCUUUGCGGGCAUGAGUAUCGCUGUGAGCAUCUCCACCGAUGGCCUCAACCUCUCUGUGCCUGCCACACGCCAGAUCAUUGCCAACCACCACAUGCAGUCCAUCUCCUUCGCAUCAGGCGGCGACACGGACAUGAUGGAUUAUGUGGCCUAUGUAGCCAAGGAUCCCAUCAACCAGAGAGCCUGCCACAUCCUGGAGUGCUGUGAGGGCCUCGCCCAGAGCAUCAUCAGCACCGUGGGCCAAGCCUUUGAGCUGCGCUUCAAACAGUACCUGCACAGCCCGCCCCGGGUGGUCGUGCCCCCAGAAAGGCUGACCAGGCCAGAGGAGUCGGCCUGGGGGGACGAGGAGGAAACGGAACACGAUUACUACAACAGCGUCCCAGGGAAGGAGCCGCCCCUGGGUGGGCUGGUGGACUCCAGGCUCACCCUAACUCAGCCCUGUGCCCUCGGGGCCCUCGGAGCCCUCGGCCAGGGGGUAUCUCCUGCUCAAAGGGACACGCACAGCCUGCCGUGGGACCUGGGCCCCUCAGGUACUGGCCCACCAGGGGACGGCUACGUGCAGGCCGACGCCAGGGGCCCCAGAGACUACGAGGACCACCUGUAUGUCAACACACAGGGUCUGGAUGCCCCAGAGGCCCUGCAGCCAGAGGACAGUCCCAAGAAGGAUCUGUUUGACAUGCGACCCUUCGAGGAUGCUCUCAAGCUGCACGAGUGCUCUGUGGGGACGGGCACGGCGGCAGCGCCCCUUCCCUUGGAGGACCAGUGGCCCAGCCCCCCGACCCGCCGGGCCCCCAUAGCCCCCACGGAGGAGCAGCUGCGGCAGGAGCCCUGGUACCACGGCCAGAUGAGCCGAAGGGCGGCGGAGAAGCUGCUUCGAGCCGACGGGGACUUCCUGGUGCGCGACAGCGUCACCAACCCUGGGCAGUACGUCCUCACGGGCAUGCACGCGGGGCAGCCCAAGCACCUGCUGCUCGUGGACCCCGAGGGCGUGGUGAUGGUUCUCAGCUCCCGCUCCUGUCCUGCGCUGCAGAUGCUCCCUGUCGUGGCCUUAUGGGCUCCUCAGCUUCUCUCUGGACCCUGGUCAGGCUGGAGCUGCCGCUGUCUCUCCUUCCUCCAGCCUCUAGAUCUUCCUUCUCCAGCCGGCCCUGGGCUGGGCCAGCGAGGCCAAGAGAUGGGGGCCCAAGACCCUUUAAUCCCACCGACCCCUGCCUGCCUCCACCCUCUGCCUGGGGUGAGGGUGUCCAUACCAAAGACAGAACUUUUCUCACCUUUAAAGAAAAUAUCUUACAGAAACCCAGUCCUCUCUCUCCGAGCCCUGGCCAGGGUCGCCGCCGGGUUCAGGAGGCACCAUCUCUCUCCCCAGAGGGACUUCAGCUCACCUCCCUGGAAAGAUGGAUUCCUGUCCUUGACAGCUCAGUUUCUCCACCUGAAAAAUCAGUGCACAGUUGUCUUUUAUGGGGAAGAAUUGAGGUGUUUGGGGUCCUCAGGCCAGGACACCUGUGAAUGUUGAAGUGUGGGGGGCACCUCAGGGCUCAGCUGGGACAGUGGGGGGCAUCCAGGCAGCAGCCGGACAACCCGCCCUCGUGGGGGGUGGUCAUGAGGGCCCUGCCCUCCCAGCUGUCCACCUGUACUGGACAUUUGGGGUCUGUUUGUAAUUACACGUGGGGAUGAUGGUGAGGAAGUCAGCCUACCUGACACUGAGGGGCCCUUGGGUUGGGAGGCCAAGGCCAGUCUCCCAGGUGGAAAGCCAAGGCACACGUGUGUCCUCCUGCAGCUGGAGGGUGUGGGGGAUGGAGAGGAGGGUGCAGGCCUGCAGAUGUGUCCCUGUGGGGGAGCACUGUCCCAGAACCCCCCGCACCACCCUCACACUUCUAUUUCCACCCCCAGAUAGAGCACCCCACUCCUCUAUGAGACACAGCCCUGUCCUCUCCUGGGAAACACCGUAGCUUAUCUCCUAUAAACUGUAGACCCGUGUCUUUCAGGAUGCCCCGAAUAUCUGGCAAACUGUUCUUCAUUUCUCCUCUUUUUUUUUUUUUUUUUUUUUAAAGAUUUUAUUUAUUUAUUUGACAGAGAAAGACACAGCGAGAGAGGGAACACAAACGGGGAGUGGGAGAGGGAGAAGCAGACUCCCCGCCGAGCAGGGAGCCCGAUGCGGGACUCGAUCCCGGGACUCCAGGAUCAUGACCUGAGCCGAAGGCAGUCGCCCAACCAACUGAGCCACCCAGGCGCCCUUCAUUUCUCCUCUUGACUGCUCCUAACUUAGCCCUGAAUGUGGCCUGACAUUCUCAGGUGUCCCCACUCCUGACCCCCUAGGAGCUCCUGCUUAUCCCCGAUGCCUCUCCAGACCUUCCCUCCCAGAGACCUCAUCUCUCCCUGGGACCCCUCCUCUGACUAUCCUGAAGAGCCCUUCCUGACCCUCACCACACCCUGCCAGGGCCACACCUGUGCCUAGGGUCUGGCUCAUCAGCAGGCCCCACCCCCAUGCUCUGGGGGAGCCUGGUGAGGGUAUGGGGAGCAACGGCCACUCUGUCUGUAACUGGGAGGGGGGCAGGGAGAAGCUAUCAAACGGCAGAGCCGGAGGGGACUCUGAUGCCUUGUUUCUUACUUUAGAGGGGCCAGUCUGUCCAUCCGUCCAUCCACCCAUCAUCUACUCACCCAUCCAUCCAUUAUUCCUUCCAUUCAUUGGUCCAUCCACCUGUCCCCCGAUCCUGGUAUCCUUUAGUAUGCCUGCGUUGGGCUCCCCUUAUCUGCCAGGACCUCUGGUGGGUAACGAGGAUGCAGCAGUAACCAAGACUGAUCUGUCCUCAUGGAGUCGAUAGUCGAGUGACAUCAAGCAGCAAAUCACCACUAAGUGUGUAAUGACAAUGUGAACUUAGCCCAGGAAAUCCAGGAGGGUGGGAAUGACACAGGGGGUAUGGUCUGGAGGAUGAGAGCCCCAGGGGAAGAAGACAGAGUGCUAGGCAGGAGUGAUAGCAUGUGCAAAGGCCCUGUGGUGUGUGGCUCGCAGCGCAUUCAGAGACCAGAAGGAUGACCUGUGUGGCUGGUGGUGAGAUCAGAGGGGUGGUGGAGUGGAGGACAUGGCUGGGGGGAAGCUUGGAGCCAGGGAGAGCUGCUGGGGAGCUUUGAAGCACAGAGAUGAUAGGACUCCCAAGUGGGAAGUACACUGUUGGGGACAGGAGAGGAAUGGGGGGCAGUUGGGAGAAUUCACUAGGUUUGGACUAGGGGAGUCUCCAAAAGUAUCCGAUUUCAGAGACUUGUAGGCUAGAGAGGGGUCCUAAUGCACUUCGUUCAUUCAUUCGUUCCCCUGUGUCCUCCUUCAAAGCCUCUAUGUAUCUAGGACACCUGCUGAAGCAUGUGCUAAGAACAGCACCAGCUGUGGGUGCUCAGAUUCUCCCCACUUUACAGAAGGGGGAGCAGAGGCUCAGAGGGUGAGGUGGCAGAGCUGGGAUUCCCACCCCAUCACCUCCCCUGUCCUGCUCUCUGAGCCGGGAACGCCAGGUCUGGGGUGCCCAUGCAGUGAGGGGGGCCGCGAGCCUGGCUGCCGCUGGUCCCCCACACUUUUCUCCUGCCCCCAUCUACCCUCAAUUAUUUGGUCGGCAAAUGCUCCUUGGGCUGGCCUUGUCCUCAGGGAGCCUUGGGGUGGGAGGCAGGCACCAUGCAGCCUGGACUGCUUGCUUCCCUUCCCUGAAUUGGGCUACUCCCCUGUGCCUCAGUUUCCCUGUCUGUAAACUGGGGAUAGUGGCCCUCCUCCACAGUGGGUUAACCUGUGCCUUGUUGGGCCGAGGUCUCUCCUGGGAGCUUUGGACAGGCCUUCCCGUAGCUCUUCCAGGGGAGGAGACAGAGCUCAGAGGAGAAGCUGUUGGCCAGAACUGCAUGGGUAUAAGGAGGCUUCUCAGGACUGGAGCUUUUUUCUUUGAGCUUCCUCAAGGACCUGUCUGCGGGUGGCUGCAGGGGGCAGUCUGGCUCCUGGCAAGCCCCCUGUCCCUCCUCUCUCCCACAAGCUUAGGUCCCUGGGGGGUGGGAGUUGAGGACCAAGGCCUUGCAGCAUGAGGUGGUGUGACUCAGGGUGGGAGGGGCUGGUUAAUACCACCUGGGCCCCUUUGCCAGCCUCCACAUCUCUGAUCUCAGGAAGGCUGCAGCCGGGGGUGUGGGGGGAGUCCUGGGGAUCUACCACACCACACCAAUCAGCCUCAGGGCUCUGCAGAGGAAGUAGGUUUUGUUGACUGGAAGAGGUUCCUGUUUAGGGACCACAAGGCUAACUAACCAGCUGGAAGGGCCCGCCUCCUGGACCCCGCCCCUCUGAAGGCAGAUGUUUGGGACCUAUCCCCAGGUUCCUUGUCUCUCUGGGCCUUGGUUUCCCCAGCCCCCGAAGGUGAUGGGAUGGGGGCCACAGGGAGGGGCUUCAGCUGAGCUGGCUUUGGUGGGCAUCAGGUUCUGGCGUCCCUUUCGAGGCCGGGCCAGCCCCCUUUCUCACCAGUAGCAGCGUCCAAGAAAUGAUGACCAGCACUCCCAUCACAGUGUUCUAGGCCCUGUUGUCAGCCCUCUGCGUGUCCUCACCGGUUCAUCCUCGCCUGAGGCCGUGGUACAGGGACAAUCUUUAUGCCUGCAAAUUGCCCCGGGGACAGAGGCAGAGGUCUGGGCACCUGCCAGCAAUCACACCACAGGAAGCAUCGGUGUCAGGCUUCCAGCCCCAACAGAGCACCUCCAGAUGAGAGUCCCCAGUUGCUCAGCACGGGAAUCGGCACAGAACAAGCUCAAGACCUCCUCCCUCCACCCAACUGGGAGGAGACCCUGCCCCAACUGGGUAAGGGGGAGUGGGCAGUGAAGCCCCCAGCACCCAGGCCGGCUUAUCAUCAGAAAACCCCCAGAGACCUGACUCAGUCACUUCCCCUUUGUGAGCACCACUCUCCCUAUCCAUGCGAUGGAGGAAGGUGGCUUGUGGCCUCCGAGUUCCCCCCUCCCGCCCGCUGCAGGAUUGAGCGCUAUUCUAGGACUCAUGCUUUUUACUGUGGUCCUAGUUCAUCCAUUUGUCUGGCAGGUAUUUAUUAAAGUGUCCCCCCAGUGUCUUGGGGUCACAGCAGGGAUAAGGCUGCCUUCCUGCCUUCCUCCCAGCAGCUCCAGGCCCGACGGGGGCAGUGGACAUCAACCAAAUACUUGCUCUGGGGCAUUCUUCACCAUAGCUAAAGUUGGGGUUCAGUGGGUACGGUUAGGCUGUGAUGACCGGCCAGCCCAGGCUGGCUGGCAGGGCAGGCUUCUUGGAGUUAGAGGUGAACUGAAGCAUUCAUUGGCAUCUGCCUCCCCUGUUGGACUUUGUGGCCAUGUCAGUGUUCUGCCCAGCACAAAAAGGGGCUCAGUGUUUGCUAAGAGAGCAAAGCUGAGACAGACCUUUUGGGGGAGUCAUGGACCUCUCAGAGCCUUGCUUUUCGCAUCUGGACAAGGAACUCCAAACCCCACCUCACUCCAAGGGAGUUCUGUCCCGCUCCCACCUGCCCCUCUGCACCCCUUCUGCUGAUGACCCAGUGGUCACUGCAGACCAGCCCCCAUCCUAGCUGGGGCUGCAAUGAGGAACACAGGAGGCUCCUGGACAAUCAUAAUUUAAUAAAGUCCAGGCUUUGGGUUAGUCCUGGCAAUCCACUAACUUGCUGGCUUCUCACAGCCCAAGACUGGACCCAGGACUGGUUGGCCUUAGGGUCCAGAAGGGGACAUGGAGGCUGAGAGGGAGGGCAAGGGGUGAGGAAGCAGAAGUUGAGGCAGGCAGCGUUCAAGGCAAGAGCAGGCGGCAUCCAGGGGACCCUGUGGUUUCAGGAGCUGCCAGGCCUGGGGCUGCGGCCUGGUCCUGCCCGUCAUCAGUCUCUGAACGGUGAACAGCAUGGUGGGGGUGCUCGCCCUUCUCCCCUCGGAUCGCGUUUUCCUGCUACACGUUUGUCACGGGAGCUACAAACCGACACUUACAGUGUAUCUGUGUACCUGUCCACUGGCGUCCCUGGCACUGGGAAUCAUCAGAAGGCUGGACGCGGCGUCCACCAGCUGCUCAAUAAACA